CAGUGCGCGGGCAGCUAGGCUAUCUGGCAUGAUUGCGAAUCAACGUCAACACCGCGUCACGGCACUCGCUAGUGUUCCUAAGCGAGUGCUCGCUGUUUGUAAGCCUGUUCGAGCUAUAUACACCCAAGAAAGGACAGAGCCUGCGUUUGCCGUCGGAAAGUGUUUCCGCUUCAACAAAGCCAUCUUCAAUGUUGUCCCUGCAACAGCUUGACGAUCAUGUGCACCUCGAUCUCAACGCGCGAAGCUCUCCACGGGCCACUCGUGUGAUUUACGCUCCGCCAGGUUUCUGCACCUUCGGCCUGCUUGCUCCCUAUGCGCCUUCCGCCCAAACAGGCGAUGCGGCCCUUAAUUUGUCUGGCAAGCGUGGCGCCCGAAGAUGCCCGCAUUUUGCGCCUCGGACAGGGUGCACGCUUCAAAGACGGAACAACUACAGGCAGCAGCAGCAACAACCUAAAACUUCGAGUGCGCCUGUCACUGACAACGCGGCACAUGCUAGGGGAGCGGCGGUCUUGUUUGAUUUGGGUUCCUCUCAGCAAGACAAGCGAGGAAAAGAGCCGCAAGCCAUGGAGCUAUACAAUGUGAAAGGGCAAAGGCACUGCACUCCGAGCCGCUGCAAGAACCACCAGGACAGCAGAAUGGUCAAGAAGUCGCGAAAGACGAAGCAGUCGAGGUUGAAUCAAGCGCUGAGGAAUUAUCCGUCGAAAUAUGAUUGUAUCAAGAACUUGUUCUGUUAAUUAAAAUAAAACUCGCAUACUAAGCCGGUUUCCGG